AUGCUUCUGGUUUCAGCUCUGAAUCCUGGCGCCACCUCUUCUAAUCCCAUCGAAACCACCGCCGGCGUGGGUCAGAAGCAGCUGCCCAUGGAGCAGUACAUGCCCAUAGCAAACCUGACGCGCGUCAUGCGCCGUGUCCUACCUGCCCAUGCUAAGAUCUCCGACGAUGCCAAGGAGACCGUCCAGGAAUGUGUCUCGGAGUUCAUCAGCUUCAUAACUAGCGAGGCUAAUGACAGGUGCCACCAUGAGCUGCGGAAAACCAUCACCGCUGAGGAUGUCAUCGCCGCCAUGAGCAAACUGGGAUUUGACGACUACAUUGACCCUCUCACUCUCUACCUUCACCGCUAUCGCGAGUCGGAAAACGAACGUGACCGUAUGCCUCUGAGGCGAGGUAGGGAGUAUGGUUCGCUGGGGGCAGCAGCAAAUUAUGGGCCACCGCCGCCGCCAUGGACGACAUUGCACAUUGGGAGCCAACAGGGGCUGUAUGACGCUGCACCCAUAGUUACACGCGACUACUUCAAGGAAGGGUCGAGUGCUGGCGGCAGCACCUCUUCUCGCCUUCCUCCUGAGUACAAGUAA